AUGGAUGCGCAGCAUUGGCAGCAAGGCCUGGAAUUCCUCAGCAGGCUCCAGAACGAAUAUCUGAGGCCCAACAAGCUGACAUAUUCCGCAGCCAUCACCGCCUGCGAGAGAGGAGAGGCCUGGACAGCCGCCUUGGAGCUUUUGGAGGAGCUUCAACGCUCGUGCGAGCGCUGCGAUGUUGUUGCCUUCGGCGCAGCCAUUGCUGCUUGCGCCCAGCGGGAGAGGUGGGAGGCCACCCUGUGGCUCAUUGCCGAUAUGCGGAGACAAGGCGUGCCGCCGAAUGUGAUCUGCUACGGAGCAGCCAUGCGCGCCUGUGGAUGCCGAGGGCUCUGGGCCUCCGCGCUCGACUUGCUCCGGAGCCUUCGCUCCGAAAGCCUGGAGUUGACUCUGGUGUGCUACAACGCUGCCAUCAGCGCAUGCGAGAAAGGCGGCAAGUGGAGCAUGGUUUUGGCACUGAUGCAGCAGCUGGCAUUCGAUGGCCUGGUAGCAGAUCUCGUCACCCACAGCGCUUGUAUGAGAGCCUUCAAUGCAUGUGCUGCCUGGAAGCAAUCUUUGCAUGUCGUCAUGGAGCUGCACCGAGGUAGCAACGCUUUGGACAUGGUGACCUGCGGCCAGUGUGUCACGGCCUGUGAGCAGGCCAGCUCUGCUUCGCGCGCGGCGCUCCUGUUGUCCACGGCGCAACUCCGGUCGCUGGCAUGCCUGGAAAAGGCAGGAUGA